AUGGCAAUGAAAUCUUACCAGAGUCAUGCUGAGCUGUUGCUGAAGGACUAUUUACUAGCUGAUCCUUUGAUUCCAUACACUUCUAUUAUAGGCGGCAUUUUUGCUUGCAAGAUGGUCUAUGAUCUUACCAACUUGUUCAGUUCUGUUUACUUUAAGAGCUAUUCCAACCUCACUAAGUUGCAACGCAUUGAAUGGAACAACCGUGCUAUAUCCACUUUCCAUGCUGUUCUCAUUACAAUGAUGUCACUAUACUUUGUAUUUUGCUCUGAUCUCUUCUCUGAUCAACAUCACGCUGGUCUUAUUACAUUUCGGAGUUCUGCGCUGUCUACAUUUGCAUUGGGGGUUUCUGUUGGUUAUUUCAUUGCUGACCUUGCAAUGAUCAUUUGGUUUUAUCCUUCUCUGGGUGGGAUGGAAUAUGUGAUUCAUCAUUUUCUUUCCAUGAUUGCCGUGGCAUAUUCUAUGUUGACUGGGGAGGGGCAACUUUACACCUAUAUGGUUCUUAUUUCAGAGACAACUACUCCCGGAGUCAACUUGAGAUGGUAUCUUGACACAGCUGGAAUGAAGAGGUCUAAAGCAUAUAUAUUCAAUGGGGUUGUAAUAUUCUUCGCUUGGUUUGUUGCUAGGAUACUCUUGUUUGUCUACCUGUUUUACCAUGUCUUCCUGCACCGAUAUCAGAUCAAGCAAAUGCAUUCCUUUGGACAACUCUUGGCACUAGUAGUGCCGGUAGCGCUCUUUGUCAUGAAUUUGAUUUGGUUUUGGAAGAUUUUCAAGGGAAUGAAAAAGACAUUAGCAAAGCGGCAGUGA